AUGUCAUUCGCCAACUUCGACUACGAAGCCCAAACCCCUCUUCCUUCACGAGCUUCUGCCCAAUCCAGUUCCAGUUCCAGUAGUCAUGACUUGGAUAAAAUAAUCUGCAAAACCUCAACCCAACUCCAAUUAUUCUCCCAAUUGAUAACACAACUCGACACCCAACGAAAACAACUCGGGACUAGACGAGAUUGUCAACAAUUGCGUGAGAAUAUCGAUGUUGGGGUUGAAAAAGUGAUGGAAUUGUCAGGUGGGGUGCUGAGAUUGAUGAAUGAUUUGAAUGUUGUUAUAAAUAAAAAUAGUGGGAGUGGAGCAGGGAUUGGGAUAAGUAAUCGACAGAUUGUUAUUAAGGAACGAUUAAUGGGGGAAUAUAAUGAAUUGGAUCGGAAAUUUAGGAAAACUGUCCGGAUAUAUAAUGAUAAGCGAAGAGUGACUCCACUUAGACAAUCACAAUUACAGGAGACGAAAAUAAAUGAACUGACUCCGUUAUUGCUGGAUAAGAAUGAGAAUGGAAGAGGAAGGCAACAACAAGAGCAAAUACAAGAACAAGAAGAAAAUAUCAAUAAGACGGAAUUACAAUAUCAUAUCUUAUUAACCCAAGAACGAAAUCGAGAAAUUGAACAAGUUACAGAAGGGAUUCUAGAGGUGAAUUCGAUUUUCAAAGAUUUGAAUCAAUUAGUUCAAGAACAAGGUGCACAAUUGAAUACUAUUGAAGAUAAUGUAUUGCAAUUACAUGGAAAUACUCAACAAGCCGAUCGGGAAUUACAGAAGGCACAUGAAUAUCAGAAAUCAAGGGGGAAAUGGGGGUGUAUUUUGCUUGUGGCUCUUUGUAUUAUUGUGUUGAUUAUCGUAUUGGCUGUGGUGAGUUAG